GAAAGGUUCUACCGGGGGGAUAGAGCCAGUGGACUGUUAUUUCAAGCACGGACAGGCUCCCUCCCAACAAGAAAGAGGAUCAGCGAACUGUUCAGCUUGGACAAUCCAGUACGCACACUCUGCGACACAGGUGAAGAGGAGGACCUGGAACAUAUCCUGCGAUCCUGUCCAGCUCUCGAAAAGACAAGGAACCCAAACCACUACCCGACUGAGGUCCUUUUAGGCUUCCAAACAGGGGCGAAUGAGGAGGACGAACCACAAAUCGCGACCACUAAACGGCAUCUUCUCGCGUGGGAAAAGGCAACACGUCUGCGAAAGGCCAAUACAGACCGAAUAUGGCAGGGCAACACAGACCUUCCAACUUCUCAAGACAGUGAAGACGCUGAAAGCGAAAAACAGGAUGCGGACGACGCACAACCAACUUCGAGCCACCAGAGGGCCAACAACGUAGACGACGAUGAUCCAAAACCGGAGCCACCACCAGCCAGCAGGCCAACCGGCGCAGGCGCUGAAAAAGUGAAACGCCUGCAACUCUCCGACUUGAAAGAGCUGCAAGAACUUUCAACUUUCCGACUAGUGCAGGGCGCUACCGCCAAGCCGCCAAGAUAUUGCCUGUGGCACCCUUGUGGUGCCUGCCCUGAUACAAAAGGGAUUAGGCGAACCUGAACCCUGAACCUGUUGCUUGCAUGUCGCUGCACGCGCGCGCGUUCCUGUUGUUAUUGCCGAGUCAGGCGUUUUGGCAACUUGAAACAAGUGUCAAUGGAUAGGUCCACGGCUUGAAAUUCUUCGAGCUGGAGCAGUGUACGUGUGGACGCGAUGAAAAAAGACUCCCGAUGACAAGUUGGAAGCAUUGAGGAAGAAGGAACGUUUACGCAACAUGCAAGAACACCAAGAAAUUCAGUGCCUUCAAUCUCAACAGGAACGAAAGCAAGGUUUUGAUGAGCGCGCUAAGUCUAAAGCACGCUCUGUUUCACGACGACGGAAGUCCCCUGAAAGACAAACAAAGCGUACUGAAGCACGUUCCUCACCGCAGUCUAAGGAAACAAAGGACAGCCUGGACUCAAAGAAAUCCAACUUUCCUCCACUACCUCCGCGUCGGCCUGACAAAAUUGUAAUUACUGGCAACUUAUCUGACCCUCCACUGGUGAACACCUGGGAAGAGCGGAAGCGAAAGCAGAGUGCUCUGUGUGAGUUGACUCCGGCCAGUACAGAAGAUGAGCUGAACAUGGUCGUGAAGGCUUUAGAAAUCAGCAAACUGGAUACUGGACCAAUUGAGAAGCUACAAAACUGUUGUAAUGUGGAUGAAGAAGCUGCUCUGAAAGAGGCUAUUGAGAGAUCAAAGAAGGAUUUUGGGCCCAACAGCCUUGGCUUCCACAAUAAAUCUUCAGACAACCCCUCAAAUGGCUCAGGACACAGUGCAAUAUUCGAGCAAUCUCAUUUUGGCAACAGGCAGCCAGAACAACACUUUCGUGGCAUGAGGCGAAGCGGCUCUCGCAGGAGUGGCAGGAAUAGGGGCUACCGCGGUGGGAGAGGAGGAGACAGGUGCACUAGUCCGAGCAUUGAAACAUCCAGUAUGAGAAACCCCAUGGACUUUCGUGCGACCUCAAGGGGUCAGUGGCAGCAUGGAGAUAACAGGGGACACAGAGUUCCUCUCAGCUCUUCCCGGGGGAACCACGCAACAAAUUAUGAGAGGGCUACAUCCGAUACUAGUGAGGAUUGGGAAAAGGAAAUGAGAGAGAGCCAGAAGCAUGAGGUUUCCCCUGGGUCUUCUAACUACAGGCGAAGAAAUGAUCCCAGUGGUAGACCUGCUGGCAAGGGAAGUGCAUCUCCCCAUAGCGAGGCUGAAGAAUGCUGGAGGGAGAAAAUGGAGCGGAGUUGCAUGUCUGAGAGGGGAUCUCGGAAGGAAGACAUAGAAGAGCGACAUGCUCCUUCCUUCCCAGGGAACAGAGCGCGGCCUACUGAGUUCCGGUCUCACAAAUUCUCUUCUGGUAACCCAACGUUACUGCAACGUGAACAUGACAGGGGUGGAAGUGUUAGUGAAAGCGCAAUUACGACACAUGGGAAGGGUGAAAUGGGUGACAUUCAAAAUAGUGCUGCUUCAUCACGGUAUGCAAGGUCAUCUCCCUCUCCACUUCAUGAGCAGGAACCACAGUGUGAUAAGGAUGGCAGUGACAAAAAGGUGAACGAUGUUCCAUUUGAUGUCUGGUUACAGAUGUGUGACAAAUAUUUACCCCUCCUGACAAAAGGGAUGGCACAUUUUCAAAAGUCACUCAGCACUUACCACAACCUGGGAGGAGCUGUAAAUGGCAGCGUAAGCAGCCCUACUGAAAGUCCACACAUGGUGCCCAUGCUCCAGCCACACAGUGUAUCUGGGCCUAUGGACAUGAAUCAGUUCCCACCUUAUAUGGUAUCGCAUGUUGGCAAGGACCACCCGUACGUCACUGGUCGCCCUCCGGACAAGGGCUACGCACCAGUUGCCAUGCCUGGCAUGCCAAGCCAGGUGGAAGGGUAUCCCAUUAUGCAACCUUUGCAUCACCCUGUGCAAAUGUACAUGUCUCAGUACCCAAUGCAGCCAGUGGAACCAGUACCACAUUACAUGACACCAGGAGUGACAACCAUGAUGGUAAACCAUACGAUGGCGAAAGCGCAGCAGCAGGUUGGUGCGCCACAGUUACAUCCCGGGCACUACGCAGGGUCCCAGGUGUCUAGCGCACCCAUGCUUUCAUCACCAUCCAUGUUGGCAGCUGCUACAAAGCCCUCUGUGUACGGUCCUCCUCCCCAGCAUUAUUUUCCUGCUCCAAAUAGCCAGCCAGUGGAGAAUACCUCCAUUUCAUCAGCUGCUUCGCCUUCCCAAGUGGCCUCUGUGACAUCAAGUAGUAAGUUGAAUCCACAAGCCCAGUCAUUUGACUUUCCAAGUGCCUCUGCAAGUGGACUAUCAAGUGCUCCUCCAUUUCCAAGAGGAAGUUUUCGACCACCAAGCAAUUAUCGUGUGAGGAACUGUAAUUCACGGCAAGAUAAUGGCCUGGGGUUUUCAUCUCAGGUGUAUGCCGGAAAGCCUCGGCACGGUAGUCCACCAUCUGUGCGAUUUCCAAGUCCAAGGAGGGGAUCUGGUCACUUUCUUCAGGAGGGGUCGAACCGUUCUGCUCCGCAGUGACAUGAGGUGAAAAACUGACGUGUGUGCGUGCUGAAACUUGUGGUUUGCCUGUGAAAUUUAUUGGGGUGUAUUGUACAUUGCAUUUUUUAGUGGUUUUGUAUGUCGUCAUAGUUGCUUAAAUUAUGCAGAGAACAUAAUAAAAAGCUGAAGCAGC